AUGCCUUUCGCAAAGGCGAAGAAGAAGGACACCGUCGGAUGGGUGGCGGCGGCGACGGAGGUGGAGGGCGGCCAAGACCAGCAGGCGCCCUUCUCCAGCAACGGCAUCAGCGCCGGCGGGGGGAGCCAAUUCUCGAGCAACAGCACCAGCGGCGCGGCCGAGCGGACGCGCACGUUGGACAUGGACCCCGAGGCCGUCUCGCAUGUUUGGAUCCCCGACCGACAAGACGUGUGGCGCCUGGCGAGGCUGGGGAGGACGACGAAGGACUUCGCCAGCGUGACCAUCCCGGGCAUCCAGGACGAGCCGUUCGACGUCCCCCGCGAGCACACGAGGGCGUGGGACCCUUCGCAUUCGCUCUACCUCGAGGAUGCGGCCAAGCUCAACAGCCUCCACGAGGCCGCUCUGCUGAGCCUCCUCCACACUCGCUUCUGCAACGACGACAUCUACACGUACACGGGGGACGUGCUCAUCUCCGUCAACCCGUACAAGACCAUCCCUCUGCUGUACUCGAUGCCCCACGACAACUCCGACGCCAUCAAGCGCAGGGUCACCGCCGGCGUGGGGAGGCUGUCUGAGAUCGAGAGACUCUGCGCCAACGGCGGCGGCGACGGCGGCGGUACUGAAGACGGGUCCGAAGACAGCGACUGCGACGACGGAUCGCAGCACCAGCGCGGGAGCUACGACACGCGAGGGAGCGAUAUGGGCGGGGUCUGGGGGGCGGGCGGCGGCGGCAACCAUUCGUCCUUUCGAGACCCCCGCGGGAGCGGGGGCGGGGCUAGCGUGACGUUUAGCGAGGGCGGCGGCGGGUUCCGCCCCGCCGGCGGUGGCGGCGGCGGCGGCGGCGGCGGGCGUGGCGGGGGGCACCCUGGGGAGAGCAAGAGCGAUUCGGUGCUGGACCACCCCCACGUGUACGCGGUGGCCGACAAAGCGCACCGUUUCAUGACGAACCCUACCGCGGGGAGGCUGUCCGGCGGCGUCGCGGGAGCGAGGAAGCGGGACCAGAGCAUCAUCAUCACGGGAGAGAGCGGCGCCGGGAAGACGGAGGCCGCCAAGUACGUGAUGAAGUACCUUAUCGCCGCAUCCAAGGCCGUCACCGCCGAAGCCGAGAACGGCGACCCCGCGGGCGGCAGCAGCAAGAAGGCGGGGGAGGGGGGGUCGUCGCGGGCGGCGCUGGCUGCUGCGGCGGCCGCCGCGGACACGGCGAGCGACAUGGAGAGGCGGCUGCUGGAGUCCACGGUUGUGUUGGAGGCCUUCGGUAACGCAAAGACGGUUCGCAACGACAACUCCUCUCGAUUCGGCAAGUACAUCAAGCUGCAGUACGGCGCGGACUGGAAGCUGGGCGGUGCGCGGACGCUGCCCUUCCUGCUUGAGAAGAGCCGCCUGGUGCACCAGGAGCACAACGAGAGGAACUACCACGUCUUCUACCAGCUGUGCAAGGGGGUGCCGGACGAGCUUCGCCAGAGCCUGAGCGUUGCCAAUGCCCCGGAGUUCGAGAUGCUUCGGAAGGGAGGCGUGUUCAUGCAGAGCGAUGAGGUGGAUGAUGCCGAGGAGUUCCACUGCCUGGCCUCCGCGCUGUCCACCCUGGGAGUGACCUCGGAAGAACAGGAGGGGCUCUGGCGGCUCCUCGCGGCCUUGCUGCACCUGGGAAACAUUAUUUUCUGGGAGACCGACGGCGACGGCGGUGACGGCGGCGACAAUGAUGGAGGGGACGAGGGUGGGUCGGGGCUUCGUCUGGAGAGUCCCCUGCUGGCGCUGGAGGACGUGGCGAGCAUGGCCGGGCUGCCCGCAGACCGCCUCGUGUCCUCCAUGCGCAAGAAGGUCGCGAUGACGGGGAGGGGGAGCUUCCUGGAGAUCCCGCUGAACCCUACCCAGGCCAGGGACAACCGCAACGGCCUGGUGAAGCACGUCUACGGGCAGGUUUUCAACUGGCUCGUGGGCAAGAUCAACGAGGCGCACAGGUCUGGAGGCGGCGCUGACAUGGCGGACACGGUAGCUUUCGUGGGCAUCCUCGAUAUCUUCGGGUUCGAGAUCAUGGUCCGCAACAGCUUCGAGCAGCUGUGCAUCAACUUCGCGAACGAGGUACUGCAGCAGCAGUUCAACAGCCAUGUCUUCGUCCUCGAGCAGGAGGAGUACGAGAAGGAAGGGUUGGACUGGACGAUGAUCGAGUUCCAGGACAAUCAGCCGGUGAUCGACCUCGUCUCUAAGAAGCCCCGCGGCCUCCUCAUCCAGCUCGAGGAGCAGGGGCUGCUUGGACGUAGGGCCAACAACAAGGCCCUCUUGCAGCUGUACCACAACACGCACCUGACCAAGAGCGCGUGCUACUCCAAGCCUCGCUUCGACUCGACCGAGUUCAUCGUGCUGCACUUCGCGGGAGAGGUGGUGUACGACAUCGAGGGUUUCUUGGAGAAGAACAACGACUCCCUCCACGACAACCUGCUGGACCUGCUGGAUACCACGGUCGACCCGUUCCUCCGCCGCGUGGUGGAGUUCGUCGAUCCCGAGGCUGGAACGACGGCGUACUCCCCGACGUCGCCGAUGUCCCCGACGUCCCCCGUAAGAACGCCUCCGGCGGCGGGCGGAGUGGCGGCGGCUACCGGGCGGUCGCCGCCCCCUUGGGCCAGCGGGGGUGCCGGAGGCGGCGGUGGUAACCUGAAGACGUUUUCUUUCGAGGAUCAGCGCCGGGGCGGGGGUGAUUGCGGGUCGUCCCCCGGGGCUGUCGGCGGCGGAUCCCCGGCUACCGCGCUCCGCUCCGUAGGCAGACAGGAGAGUCGUAAGCCGCGCAAUGCCGCUUCCGGCGGCGCGAGGGUGUCUCAGAUGUCGUCGACCGUGACCGUGUCCAAGGCUUUCCGGGGACAGCUGCAGAACCUCAUGGCCACCCUGCGCGCCACCGAGCCGCACUACAUCAAGUGCAUCAAGCCCAAUAACGUCAAGGCCCCGGGAGGCUUCAGUGCGCAUUUGGUGCACCAGCAGCUGAAUUACUCGGGAGUGCUGGAGGUGGUCCGCAUCCGCAGGGAGGCGUACCCCGGGCGCACGCCGUUCCUGGAGUUCUUCGAGAGGUUCGAGCUGUUGCAGCGGCAGCUGACGAGGGCGUCUGUCGACGGCGGCGGGGAGGGGGGAGGCCCUUCCCUGCCUUCGGCCGCCCACGCCACCGAGGAGGAGGCUAAGGAGGGUUGCCGCACCAUCCUGGAGGCCUUCUUGCCCGAGAAGUUGUACCAGAUUGGGCACACGCGGGUCUUCCUGAAGGAAAAGGGCCAGGACAUGCUCCGCUCGUGCAUGCGGAACGUUUACCACCGCAAGGCCGCCCUCAUCCAGGCGUGCGUCCGCGCGAUGCAGGGGUCGAUGAAGCUCAAGGAGAAGAAGGCCGCCGCCAUCGUCAUCCAUGCCGCCGCUCGCCGUUUCGUUCUCAGGAAACGCUACAGGAGCGUGCUGUCAAAGGUGUUGCUACUGCAGCGCUGGUACCGAAGCCGGAUGAUCCGGCAUAAGUACAAGGGCUGCAUCGCCUCGGCCGUUCUUAUCCAGAAGCGGGUCCGCGGCAUGCAGGCCCGGGAGUUCCGCCUGCUCCAAGAGGUUGCCGCGAUCACCAUCCAGAGGCACGCCCGCGGCAUGGAGGGGAGAAGGUAUGCCGGCCUGAUGCUGAUGGAGCUGUGGAUGGAGGAGGAAGAGAACAAGAGGAAGGCCGAGGAGUUCAGGAUAAGGAGGGCGGCGGCCAUAAUCCGCUCCUGGGUGCGGCGGAUGGUGCAGAAGUACGGCGUCAAGGCGCAAAGGGUGGCGGCCGCCCGGAUCCAGCGGGCUUGGCUUCGCCGCGCUCGCAACCUCUGGCUGGAGGAGAGGGUGGGACGUGUCUUCGCCAUCGCUCGGUCUGGAGAUGUGGACGGGAUGAUGCGCGAGCUUCGGCACAACCCGGACGUGCUGUUCAUGCGCGACAGGCACGACCGUUUCAAGACGCUGCUGCACCUCGCCGCGACCAGCGGCAGCACCUCCCUCCUGUCUCUGCUCGACCCCCUCCCCGAAGACGUCCUCGUUCUUGACAGCGACGGCUGCACCCCCCUGCACCACGCCGCCGCGUCUAGCAAGUACGACGUCGUCAAGUUCCUCGCCUCCAGAGCCAACGGGAGGGUGCACGCUCCGGCGCGUAUCAAGACGGACUCGGUGGACGCCUUCAUGCAGGAGACGCGCGCCACGAAGCGCAUUAGCAUGCGAAUCAUCCAGGAGGCGCGCCAGAGGGCGGGGGUGACCACCGUGAGGACCGGGGGUGUGCUGGGGACGCUGGCGGGAGGCGCGGCGGCCGUUCGCGGCCUGGCUUCGAAGGCCAUGGACACCUCUAUGCCUGCCAUGACGACCAGCAAGCCGGUGUUCCAGGGUUUCCUGAUGAAGAGGCGGGAGACGGGCAACUGGCAGAGGCGGUGGUGUGUUUUAACGGAGAGAGACAUGGAAUACUACCACUCCCGUCAGGGGAGGGGAAAGGGGAAGUCGGCGCCUGACCUGGCUCACUGCUUCGAGCUGCACUCGGGGAAGCUGCUGGGGGACAAGCGCAACCGUGAGGGGCGUCUGUACUUCAAGGCGUUGAGCGAGGAGGAGCUGUACUCGUGGAUGGUUCCUCUCAGGGUGCUGGUCGGCAGCCACAACUUGGUCCGGACCGGGGCCGCGGGUUCGAUGUGCUACGUCGACGUCGCCCGGAGGGUGGAGCUCGUCAACAUGCGCAACAGGGCGGGCGAGACGCCCCUGCACUACUCGGCGAAGGGCGAGGGCAAGGCGGAGAGGGACGCCAUUGGCAGGGUGCAGAUCGCCACUUGGCUGGUCGAGAACGGUUCGGAGGUGAACGCGGCAGACAAGGGCGGCUCGACCGCCCUCCACGUGGCCGUCCGUCGUGGACACGUCCCCCUCGCGGCUGCCCUAGUGAGGCGAGGCGGAGACCUUACCGUGGUGGACAGGCACGGCCGUAGCCCCCUGGAGCUUGUGAAUCGCGACCAGGACGUGGAGGACAUCGCCGUGGGGCACUUCAAGGCCGCGGAGAGGAGCCCGAUGCUGGCCCCUCCCGUGAAGCUGUCGUCGCUCACGUACCUGUCUUUCCACCUGGAGAGGCUGGUGAUGCACAGCACGGCCGACCUCCAGUCGCCCUUCAUCACUGUCUCCGUGCACGACUCGAGGGGACGCAGGGUGGAGGCCGCCCAGGACGCGAGCGCGCCGGUGGUCCGCCGCCCGAGCUACCUGUGGUGGUCCACCUCCUACCACAUGCAGAACCCGGUCGAGAACCUCGAGCCCGGCACGCGGCUGGUGUUCACCGUGAAGGACCAGAGCACGGAGGUGGUGUCGACCGGGCGGCGGGGGGUCGCGGGGAGCGGGGACGUGCGGGAGCUGGGGUGGGGCAUGAUCCACGUGAACAAGAGCACCAUGAGCUCCCAGGAGGUGAGCAUGGAGAUGUACCAAGCCCCGGUGGAUCUGUCGCAGAAGGCUCUCGUUCCCAUCGAUCUCUUCUUAUCGGGCUACGUUACCCUGACAACCGCCCAAGUCGACAUGGACGCCGCAGCAGCACGGCAGUCGUGA